AUGCCAGGUCUUCGGAGACUCUCCAGCGCAGGAGAAACUCUCCCUCGUCGCAGCAGGGAGAAGAUGAGCAGAUCUCCUGUCGAUGAUGUGUUCUCAGACACAGACUCCGAGUCUGAUGUCGCAAGUCAUCUGAGUGCACAAGCUGGUGUGAAGCGACUAGAGGCAACCGCUGCUCUGUGGUCAAAGUGGUCUCUCGUUCUUUAUAUGAUGGCAUAUGCCACUUCGCUUGAAGGACAAGUCACCACCAACCUGACUGUGUUCGCCACCAGCUCAUUCAAGGCACAUGCACUCAUCUCAACAGUCUCGGUCAUUCAGGGAGUCGUACUAUUGGCAGAUGUCUGGGGACGCUUUGAAGCCUUUACUUUCAGCGUGUUUCUGUUUACCCUUGGAUAUAUUCAGCAAGCCGCUGCCAACAACGUCAAGACUUACGCAGCAGCCCAGAUAUUCUACUCAGCAGGUGCCACUGGACUUCAAAUUCUCCAGCAAAUUUUCAUUGCAGACACGAGCGACCUUCUGAACAGAGCUAUUGUUUCAACGAUCCCGGAUAUUCCGUACCUUCUGAACGUAUGGAUCGGACCACCAAUCGCAAACUCUAUCCUCAAGAACCUGAGUUGGAGAUGGGGAUAUGGCAUCUGGGCCAUCAUCUUGCCUGUCGCCUAUCUACCUUUAGCGCUUGCUCUGUCGCUGAAUCAAAGGAAGGCCUCGAAAAUGGGCAUUCUACCACCAUCACCUUUCGUUGGCAAGGAUUGGAUGUAUACUCUCAAGAGUCUCUGGUUCGAGAUGGACAUUUUUGGACUUUUGCUUCUUCUUGUCGGUGUGGCUCUCCUCCUGAUCCCUCUUACCUUGGGGGCUAGUGCACCAGGAGAUUGGAGUAAUGGAAGCAUCGUUGCGAUGCUAGUAUGUGGUGUGAUCUGCCUCUGCCUCUUCCCCCUUUGGGAGCGCAACCCACGUCUGGCACCGAGGGCAUUCUUUCCUCCUCAUCUUUUCCGCAGCACCACUGUAAUCGCUGGUGUGCUUAUUGCAUUCUUCUACUUCAUGCAACCAUACUUCUACUCUUAUCUCUUGGUUGUGCAGGGCAAGUCUGUCUCGGCUGCCGGCCACAUUACUCAAACAUUCACUUUCACGGCGACUGUCACGUCCAUCUUGACUUCGAUCACCAUCAAGUACACCAAGCACUACAAAUACUUUGUCACCGCAGGUGCCUGCAUCUACCUACUCGGUGUCGUAAUGAUGCUUCGGUAUCGCACAGAGGGCGUAUCAGACGCUUUCCUCAUCGGCUGUCAAGUCUGUGUCGGCAUUGGCGGAGGCAUGUUGCACGUCCCUGCUCAACUCGGUGUCCAAGCGUCCGUCGGCCACGGUGAAGUUGGUGCAGUCACAGCUGCCUUCCUCACUAUUCUCGAGAUCGGUGGUGCCGUCGGCUCGGCAAUCUCGGGCGCCAUCUGGUCUGCGAACGUGCCACUCAAGCUCGCCCAAUACCUGCCAGAAGAAACACGCGAUCAGGCCAAGGAGAUCUUCGGAAGCGUCAAAGUCGCAUCUACUGAAUACGCAAUGGGCACACCUACACGUAUCGCCAUCAACCGCGCUUACCAAGAGACAAUGACCAAGAUCUUGACGGUCGCUGUGUUGGUCUGUAUACCUCUUAUUCCUCUUUCUCUCCUGAUGAAGAACUACAAGCUGGACGAGAUGAACCAACAAGUGAAGGGCACUGUCAUUGGCAACACGAGCGAAGCUAGCGAUCCUUCUGAGAGAGAGCCUUUCGCUGCCUCGUCAUCCGGUCAUCGUCGUUACGAUAGUGAAGACGACAUUGACUACGAUUACGACCGUACAAUCAGAAGCGUGGCCAGUAAUAACGGUCUACGGACGUGGAAGUCGAAUGCAAGCUUGCAUCUAAACGACGACUGA